CCCAGCAGGCAUGGCCAAGACACGUGGACAAGGUGCCUUUCGGCCCAGCGGCUGCGUCACCCUCCUCGUCCUGCAGCUGCUGUCUGGCGCCAUCCCUGGAAACGGGAAAGCCGAUUUCCAGCUCUCUGGGCCCGGUGAGCCUGUUCCGGCCCUGGUCGGGGAAGACGCGGUUCUCCCGUGCCUCCUGUCCCCCAGCAUCAGCGCCGAGGACAUGGAGCUGCGGUGGUACAGGGACCAGCCCUCCCCCGCCGUGUACGUGCACAGGAAAGGGGGGGACGUGCAGGAAGAUCAGAUGGCGCUGUAUCAGGGAAGGACCACGUUCGUGGAGGACCUUGUGGCCCAGGGCGAGGCUGCCGUGAGGAUACACAAUGUCACCGCUUUCGAUAAUGGGACAUUCCACUGCUGGUUCAAUGACAGCACUGGGUCUGCAGAGGCCACGCUGUGGCUGCGGGUGGCAGGCCUGGGCUCCGAGCCCGGAAUCCGAGUGCCAGUGGACCAGGACAAAGGUGCCUGGGCAGAGUGUACCUCGGCAGGCUGGUACCCGGAGCCCCAGGUGCAGUGGACAGACUUCCGGGGAAAGAACCUACCAGAUUCUGUGAACAACGUCUCGGCCUCGCGAACGACCGGCCUCUGGGCUGUGGUAUCCAACGUGACCAUCCCUGACUGGGCUGUGGGGGGCCUCGUCUGCUCCUUCUCCAGCCCCCUUCUUACAGAGAGUAGCGGCAGGCACCGCCUGCCUGACCCCUCCUCCAGAUGGUUCCAGUCUACAGCCUGGAAAAUAGUUCUGCCUCUGAUCCUCGUGACAGCAGGAGUUGCAGUAUCCACAUCCAUCUACUUCUGUUGGAAGCGUCAAAGGGUCAGCCCAUCCCUGGACCCCGACACUGCAAGCCCCAAACUCUUGCUGUCUGGGGAUGGGAAGAGUGUGAGGCGGCUGCGCUUCGACCAGGAGCUGCACGAUGACCCCGGCAGAUUCGACCUGGACCCCUGUGUGCUGGGCCGGGAGGGGUUCUCCUCGGGGAGGCAUUACUGGGAGGUGGAGGUAGGGCACAGGGUGGCCUGGACCCUGGGCGUGUGUCUGGAGAGCUUAGAUCGGAAGGGAAGGGUCCCCAAGUCGCCCCAGCACGGGCUCUGGGCCGUGGAAUUGUACAAGCAGGAGUUCUGGGCCCUCAGCUUCCCGAGGGUUCGCCUCCACCCUCUGGAGCCCCUGCAUCGGGUGGGCGUUCUCCUGGACUGUGACGCCGGCAGGAUCUCCUUCCACAGUGCACCUGACAGAUCCCUCAUCUACGCAUUCUCUGGACUCUCUGUCUCAGCCCCCCUGCGGCCGUUCUUCUGCCUCUGGACACACGACCCCAGACCCCUGACCAUCUGCUCAGGACACUGGCUCCCAGAGGCCUCGGAUCCUCCCCAGGGCCAGGGACAGGAGUGGGACGGGGACCCUCCUCUGACGAGAUCUCAUGGGGAGCAGCUGACAUGA